AGCCAGCGGCUUGAUGUCGGGCCGACCUGGAUCGAGCACGUCCAGGCUUGCUCUGGUUGGACUCGCUGCGGCGCAGCCAUGCACACGUGACCACGAAAGCCUCUUCCCGCACAUGUCCAGCCCGGCAGCAUCUGCCUCCAUCGCGCCCACCUCCAUCCCGCCAUCGCACCCUUGCCGCCGCACCUGCCAUCAUGGAAGACUUCCAGGGAGCCGAGGAGAAAGCCUUCAUCGUUGAGGAGGUCAACAACGUCAUCAAGGAGUCCAUCGAAAACACCAUCCAGAAUGCGGCAUAUCACCACAACAAGGUCGCCCAGUGGAACUCCAACAUCGUCGAGCUGUGUCUCAAAAAGCUCACCGGCCUCAACAAAGCCUUCAAGUACAUUGUGACGUGCACGAUUAUGCAAAAGAACGGAGCCGGCCUGCACGCAGCAUCAUCGUGCUACUGGGACAACUCGAGCGACGGCAGCACAACAUACAAGUACGACUCCAAGACCAUGUAUGUGAUCGUCAAUGUCUUUGGCUUGGCAAUCUGAAGGGAUCGACUCUUCCUCAACACCGCUGCUCUGGCGGCAUCGUCGGCAGUCAAGUUGCCGCACCCACGCCAUCCGGCCCAGCAGUAUCCCCGAGACUUCUGUCUUGGACCACAUGUGCAUAUCGACCCCAGCAACCCAUCCUCCUCUUCUGCGUCGUCCGCGGUUGGGCUUUUGAUCCUCCGAACGUGGUCGAGCUGCUCGCUACUGCUUCCCUCUCUCCCUCCCAUCCAAUCACACUGCACUUCUGCUCAAUAGAUAUCUCUACGGUUUGUGAUUCACCCAUGGCCUGUGUGUUUCGAGCAGACCGGAUGGGUGUCGGUCCGAGCUUCCCUCACACUCUCUCCCCUUCCCUUCCUCCGAGACCAGCCAGCAGUCCAGGC